AUGGAACCGCGGUGGCGGUGGCAACCGCUGGGAGCUCCAAACCCUUCAGCGAGAACUUCAGACCUCAGCGCAGGAUGGGCGCAGCCCUACGAGCGCAGCGAGGGCAGAGAGGCGGACUUGAGAGAUUUGCGCUGGCGUCGGGCCAAGGGGCCAGCGAACGUUCACUGGGCUGGCAUUCUCUGGGCUUACCACGUAGGUCGGCGCUUGGAGCCCUGCGAAGUGUGGAUGUCAAAGGCAUUGGCUAGCAGCCCGUGGCUGGUCGUCCUCCUUUACCUAGAGAGCAUGGGCACAAUGGGCAGCACAGCGGCGAGAGCUCCGAAGCUGCCUGAAGCAGUGGGGCUGCGAGCGCUCGCCCGUGGAAGGUGGCAGGCGCCACUGGGCUUCCUGAACGGCCGGCACCUUCGGCUCUCGGCCAGCUUCCAGGUGGCGCUGGCCCAAAACAUCGCUGAAGCUGGCCGGCUCGCCGUGGCGAUCCACCUGGCCAAAGCCGCGGCCGCCGUGGCGGCGGAUGAGGAUUCCAUUGCCAUUCUGCGGCGGCCGCUUCGGCAGCUCUGCAGCACCUGCUUCGAGUCUCGCUGGCGCCUCGGCCUGGGGCUGCUGACAGACUUGCGCCUGCUCCGCCUAAGAGGCGAAGUGGUUUUGCCCACGAGCCGUGCAAUGGACUCCAACUGGAGAGAGGCCCUCACCCUGCUUGGGAUCUUCGAAAGCACUUGGUUGCGCCCGACGGUGAAGAGCUUUGCUUGCCUCACGCACUCCGGGCCGUGGGUGCUGUCGCUGGCGCUGGUGCAGUCAGCGCAGGUGCGAGGCGUGCCCGGCGUGCACGGCAUCCACAUCUACGGGUGGGCACAGGGCAGCUUGCGCUGGAGGUCUUGGCGUGACCCACUUCAGCAUCUUUCACAGAAGCCUCCGAAGGAUGCGCUGGCCUCCGUCGCCGGCAUGCGCUCCCUCUGUGAUGGUUUUCAGCUGGAGGCGACCUGGCAAAGGGCUUUGGGGAUCUUUGUUCAGCACUUUCCCCGUUUCGGAAGAGCUGAUGCCUACGUCUGUUGCGAAGCGCUGCGGGUCUGCGUCUCGGGAGCUGCUUGGACACUGUCACUCCGCUUGCUUAACACACUGAGCCACAAGGAACGCAUAGGGAUGCGGAAGAGCCGAUAUUUGCAAAGCCAAUCCCUGGCUUUCAUUUUGACGAUCCGGGCCUGCUCCUGGCCACGGCAGUGGCUUGCGGUGCUCAGGCUUUUGGGGGAGGUCCGGCUGCGGCGCCUUCAGUGCCACGUGGGGAUGUACGACGCCGCCCUCUUCAGCCUCCUGCCCGAGAAGAGUGGCGCCGGCGCUGCUGGCGGCCCUAUGGCCUCCAGGGGUUGGCUUUGGGCGGCCAAGCUGCUGCAGGAGGCCUCGAGGCAAAGCUUGCGGCGGAAUCCCUUCAUGCUCCAGGCCACGACGCGGAGCGCUCUCACCGGGCGCUCCGCGUGGGCCGUGUGCCUGGAGCUGUUGCAGGAGGCCCUGCGCAAGUCUUUGGAGGCCCACUGGAACCAAUACCGCGCGGCCGCCGAGGGGCUCGCCAAAGCCCGCCGCUGGGACUGGGCCUUGGCCCUGCUGCACAACGUCGCCAUCGCUGACAGCCUACAGCCCGAGCUGGGGCCGGGCCUGCAGCGAGCUCUGCGCAUUUCACGAGCCUGGCAGCUCUCACACCGUCUCAGGACGAAAGAGCGAGAGUGA